AUGACCGAGAACGGGCUUCAAGACAACAUGGCGGCCCGCAAAGUGUUUGAAAUACUGAGCUCUUCUGCCACCGAUGGCUGCACCGCCCGUCUUGGCCGGCUCUGCUUUGCCGGCAGACGAGCGAUUGACACACCAAAUUUCACCGCCGUCGCAUCUCGCGGAGCGGUGCCGCACCUCACACCUGAUAACUGGGGCAAGCACUCGUCCGUGGGAGCAGCCUACCUGGCCCUGGAGGAUUUCGUCGAGAAAAAGGAACCGCCCGUGUACAAGACCCCGAGCGUUGAAGAGCGCAGGCUGCACAGCUUUACGGCCAUGCCGGCGGACAGGACGACGAUACUUGGCGCCAGACGCUGCCCGUCGGUGACGACGCCGUUGGGGAAUGGUGCCAAAUCGGUCUCCCUCUUCACCUCGACCGGUUUCGCAACCGUCACGGUCCCGCAGUACGCGUCUGCCGUGGAGGCUCUGCGACCGGACGUAGUCGUUCCCCUGGCGGACGGGCUUCAUACAAGCCCUACGCCGGCUUCCAAGAAGCUCAGAAAGAUGGUCGAGCGCACCGAGGACUGGCUGGACGAAUUUCUGCGUCAUUUUCAAGGGAGGGAUCGGCUGGAUCAGCUGGGCGUGUCUCUCUUCGCCGCCGUGCUGCCGGUCGAACAUCCUAUCCAGUGGGACUACCUCCGGCACCUCGCCGAGGAUGUCACAGACUCGCUCUCCGGCCUGGCCGUGUACGACGCGAGUCUCUUGCCGGAGCUUACGUGCUACCCUUCGCUGACACCGCUGCCGAAGCUGUCGAUGCACCCUCCCGAGACGCCGCACGAUGUGUUGCGACAAGUGUCCCUGGGAGUCGACCUCUGCGUCGUCCCUUUCGUCAACAGCGUGUCCGACUCGGGUGUGGCACUCGGCUUCUCUUUCCCUCCCUCGGCGACGGAGAGCCCUCGGCCCCUCGGCGUCGACAUGUGGUCGCCGGAGCUUAGCACAUCGCUCAGCCCCUUGUCCGACGGCUGCCAGUGCUACGCCUGCAGGCACCACCACCGCGCCUACGUGCAUCACCUGCUCAACGCCAAGGAAAUGCUCGGUUGGAACCUGCUGCAGAUGCACAACCACCAUGUCGUGGACGAGUUCUUUUGCGGCGUGCGCCGGAUGCUUGCCAAGGGUCUUCCGGAAUUCGAAGACGCUAGGAAGAGAUUUCUGGCCGCAUACGAGCCCGAGCUGCCAGAAGGGACGGGCGAGAGGCCGCGGGCACGGGGCUACCAUUUCAAGAGCGAGGCGGGGCAGGGCAAGGCGAACAAGGCAGGCUGGACGGAUCUCAACACCCAGGCUGUUGAUACGGCGGUGCCUGUCGAGGUGGAGAGUGCGUAG